AUGGCCGACUCAAACGCUCCAAAGCCGAGCAGCAGCGUCAAGCUGGUGCUUCUAGGCGAAGCUGCCGUCGGAAAGUCAUCCCUUGUCUUGCGCUUCGUCAACAACGACUUCCAAGAGAACAAGGAGCCAACCAUCGGAGCCGCCUUCCUGACACAAAAAUGCAACCUGCCAACGCGGACAAUCAAAUUUGAGAUUUGGGACACCGCAGGACAGGAGCGAUUUGCAUCUCUGGCGCCCAUGUACUAUCGAAACGCACAAGCAGCUCUCGUUGUCUACGACCUGACCAAGCCUACAUCGCUCAUCAAGGCCAAGCACUGGGUGGCAGAGCUGCAGCGGCAGGCAUCCCCGGGCAUCGUCAUUGCGCUGGUGGGCAACAAGCUCGACUUGACCAACGAGGCGGCUGGAUCGUCCGGCGCUGAUGGUGAGGAGGCUGAUGGUGGCGAUGACUCCGGGGAUGCCCGGAAGGUCUCAACCGAGGAGGCCAAGACCUACGCUGAUGAGGAAGGGCUGCUUUUCUUCGAGACCAGUGCCAAGACCGGCGUCAACGUUACGGAGGUGUUCACGGCCAUUGCAAAUGCCAUACCGGAGACGUCACUCAAGAGCACGAGGGGACCUGGUGCGGCGCAUGCCGUCAGCCGGGGAGAGGAGCAGAGAGUGAACCUGGGUGGACCUAGGGACCAGGCAGCGAAAGAAGGCUGCUCUUGUUAA